UGAGAAUUGCAGGCCAUUAUGAAAAGACCUCCUUGCAACUUGCUGCUGGCUUCCAAAAACCUAAAUCACUGGGGAACCCAGCAGGAAGAUGCAAGUCCAAGGCGAUUCGCAAGCAGACUGUCAGGCAGACAGAUGAACUUGCUGUAUGUUGGGGACAAUCAACUCAAAGAGAUGAACAGAUACCAUUGUCCUCUGAUGUAUCACACUAUGAUCUCCAGGUGGAGAUAGGAAAAGGAUGCAACAGCUUAACCUCAAUCUACCUCGCCCGUCAUAUCCCAACAGGAACACUAGUGGCUGUAAGAAUUACAGAUCUGGAAAGAUGUUCUGAAGAACUCUUAAAAGCUUUACAAAAUGAGGUGAUAUUAUCCCACUUUUUCCGACAUCCACAUAUCUUGACUUUUUGGGCAGUGUUUACUGCUGGAAGAUGGCUUUGGGUUAUUUCUCCUUUUAUGGCUUACAAUUCAGCCAGUUGUCUCUUGAGGACUUACUUCCCUGAAGGCAUGAGUGAAGCUUUGAUAGGAAAUAUCCUCUUUGGUGCAAUUAGUGGAUUGAACUAUAUGCAUCAACAUGGUUAUAUUCACAGAAGUAUUAAAGCUAGCCACAUAUUGAUUUCAGGGGAUGGCCUAGUUUAUUUGUCGGGCUUAAAUCACCUCUAUAGUUUAGUCAACAGUGGACAACAGUUAAAAGCUGUGUAUGACUUCCCCCAGUUCAGUACAUCUAUGCUUCCUUGGCUGAGUCCUGAACUACUAAGGCAGGAUACGCAUGGAUAUAAUGUGAAAUCUGACAUCUAUAGUGUGGGCAUUACAGCUUGUGAACUAGCUAAUGGGCAUGUACCUUUUCAGGAAAUGCCUCGCACACAGAUGCUGCUGCAAAAACUUAAAGGUCCAUCUUACUGUCCUUGGGCUAUAAACACUUUUUCAUGUGGAGAAUCUAGGAUAAAAAAUUCUCAGUCGGGAAUUGAUUCUGGAAUUGGGGAAAGCAUGACACGCACGAUGACAAGUGAGAGACUACAGACUCCAUCUAAAACUUUCUCUCCUGCUUUCCAUAAUUUGAUAGAAUUGUGUUUGCAUCAGGACCCAGAACAAAGGCCAUCAGCAAGAGGCCUUCUGUCACAUGCUUUUUUCAAGCAGGUGAAAGAAGAAACAAAGGGUUCAUUACUUUCACUCUUGCCUCCUACCAUCCAACAUAGUCAGUCACAAAUACCAAUGGUGCAUUCAGCUGCUAUCUGGAAUAAAUCUGAAUGUAGGUUGCCAAAUGAGAAAAAGAUAUACUGGGAAUUUUAG